AUGGGCACCACGCAGCAAGAUGCGGCUGCUGCGAACGCCAACCCGAGCGGCACCAUCAAGACGAGUGUGUCCAUCUACUUGCCGAUACUGGUGGCUGGGUUUCUGCUCUUCGAGUGUCUUCGUCGACGUUUCCGUCGCGUCUACGACAGUCGUCGUGAAGAAGAGGACAUUUUCAACACUUCCGCCUUGAACUCUCGUCGAGAUGGGCUCUUCCGCUGGAUUCCAGCGGGUUUCCGAGUGUCGGACGAUGAAAUCCUGGAGAGAUGCGGACUGGAGACGCUGACGUAUCUUCGGUUCUUGAGACUUGGACACAAGUUGGCACUUUUGGCGGUGGGGUGCUCGGCAGUGCUCUUCCCUUUCAAUUUACCCGAACGCAGUGACCGGCUGUGGGCUCCGACUGUCGUCGCGUUCGUCAUGGCGACGUACGCGAUGCGGCUGCUGGUCACCGAGUACAAAUUGUACGUGCGCUGCCGCCACCAAGUGCUGGGUAAAAUGGAGGCGCCGCAGUACUCGGUGCUAGUGAAUGAUUUACCCCUGCAUUUAAGGACCCGACAAACUUUGGAGAAAUACAUGGGGAAGAUAUUCCCGUCGUCGAUCCGACAUGUGUAUGUGGCACUGGAAUGCGCCACGCUGGAGACGCUGGUGUGUCAACGAGAGCAAGCUCGUGGGGCUCUGGAACAUGCGUUGGCAAAGUGUGAGCGCUCGCGUAAAAGACCGCGACACCGUGAGGGAAGGUCGUGGCUCGGGAUGUUGAUGUGUAAAUCUGGUAGUCGAGGAGAGUUGGUCGACAGCAUUGAUCACUAUCAAGAGCGACUGGCGCAGCUGAAUGAAGAAGUGGCGAGGGAGAUUCAAAGUAUUGACGACGCACAGGCGCAACUUGCGGUCCAAGUGGAGGAGCACGAAAGAGAAAUGGGGAGUAUUGAUGAUGGGGACGAGCUACAGUUGCCGGAGACUGAAGGACGCUGGAGGCAGGUUCUGAAGAAGCCAAAGACUGAUGGGGAUCCUAAGAAGACUCCGCUAUUAAAUCGCCGAGAAAGGAUGGAACACAUGAGCAGCAGUUUCGGUGGAGAUGACGAGGAUAAUAUUGACGAGAAGAAAGCGCGGCGUCACGAACGAGAAAUGAGCCAGGAUGAGCGUGAGCAGAUCCGCAAGCAGCGUCCUAUUCGGGUGAUGCGGCGGGCUGCUUUUAUUUCGUUCUCGUCGCUGAUGUCGGCACAAGUGGCGCAGCAGACGCUACAGUCCAAGGAUCCUGCCUGCAUGGCUGUUGCCCCCGCGCCACAUGCGGAUGAUAUCAAUUGGGACAACAUUGGACUUCGUUAUCGAACUCGGGCCUUGGGAAUGCUCGUGUCCUCGCUGAUUUCGGCCACUAUUGUGCUUUUCUGGACGAUUCCGACUGCGUUUGUAGCCUCGCUGGCUACUGUCGAGUCUCUUCGACGUGCUUUGCCUUUCCUGAACAAAGCAUUCGACGAGUACCCAAUUCUCCAAGACAUUUUCAAGCAAAUUGCACCGUUGGCCCUUGUGGCAUUGAGUGCAUUGGCUCCAAUUGUGUUCAAUUUUCUAUCGAGGCGAGAAGGGCACCCGUCCAAUACAGAGGUUCGAGCCGCAUUGUUUACGAAGCUGGCGUACUUCCAGCUUGUCCAGAUAUUUUUCGUUACUGUGAUUGUCGGCACCAUCUUGGACAGUCUCAAGGAGAUUCUGGACCAGCCAAAGAAGCUCGUGUCGAUGCUUGGCCGCAGCAUGCCUCAACAGUCAACGUUCUUUAUCUCGUACGUGAUCGUGCAGACGGGUCUUGGGCUGGUGUUGGAGCUGCUCCGUGUGGUUCCGUUGGUCCUCUCGGCGUUCUUUGCACUUCUAGCACCGAAGCACACGCGACGCGAGCGCUACUCGCCAUGGCUUGGAUUACGGGAUAUCGCGCAGACAGACCCCUUCGACCCGACCAACAACCUUGCAGACUGUUUCCUCGUUCUACUCGUUACGCUGACAUUCGCACCCAUCGCGCCUUUGGUUUGCUACUUCACUUGGUUCUUCUUCCUCAUGGCUGAAAUUGUGUACCGCCGACAAGUUCUCUGCGUGUACAAGCCGAUGUAUUAUGGGCUUGGAGCUUACUGGCCGCGCGUGUUCAAGUUUUGUAUCAUCGCGCUCAUUGUGGGUCAGCUGACACUCAUCGGAAUACUGUCUCUCAAGAAGGCAACGGUACAGCCGAUUUUUAUCAUUGUGCUCAUCGCCAUCGUGUUACUGUUCAACUACAACGUGCUUACACUCUACCCACCGGUGGCCAAGUAUCUGCCGCUGACGGAAUGUGUUCGCCUGGAUACCGCACGAGGUCUCCGAGACCCAACGGCACCCAAGUUCUUCUUCCUGGAUAACGUUUAUCGCCAGCCUGCCAUGAACGAGCGAGUGCCUCUGCGUGCAGACUAUCGGAUGCUGGUCGGUGACUACAGCGAGGAAACCGCCUUAAUCUCGCCCGAAAUUCACUCGCCGGAGGACCAGCAUUUGUUUGCGAAUGUCGUCUGA